AUGCCGGCAGAAACGAAGCCGCGGCGCAUUUCCGCGUGCAAGGCGCGGGCCGGCGCUCCUUGGACUGGCGGGGCGCCGCGUGUCCGCGUCGUGGCGGCCUUGGCCGGCCCCAACCCCCACGCCCGGCGAGGGAGCAGCACGGGGCGUGGGCGGGGCCUGUCGCCGGCCGCCUCGGCGAAGGUCCGGGCCAACGACCACGCGCCGGCGGGCGACCGCGCCCCCCCAACCGCGGCCCCGCCACCGAGGUCGGUUUCUUCGUCCGGCGGGUGCGCCCCUGCCUGCCCGGCGAAAGAGCGCCCGGGGGAGCGA